AAACAUAAAUAAAGCUUUUGUUUGUCCAAAUUGGAGAGGAUCAAGGGUUCAUAGUUAAAGCCAAGACGUAAGAAAAAAAAAUAACAAACUUCACAAAGGAUCAAGAUGGUGAGCAUUGUAUCUGAUUUGGCAAAGUCAACUCUGGAGAAAUUGAUUAAUGCAACAAUAGAAGAAUCACGUUAUAUUUGUUGCUUCACAUGCAUUACUGAUGACUUUGAAAAGGAAAAGGAAAAUUUGAAAGCAAAAAAGGAAACAUGGGAAGAGUAUGCUCGAGUGGCAACUAGAAGAGGUGAUAACAUACGAAAAGAUGUCACACAUUGGCAAAAGCAAGCUAAAGAACUUAUUGAAGAAGACACCAAAAUGAAAGUGAAGUGCUUUUUUGGAUGGUGUCCUAACUGUAUAUGGCAAUAUAGUAGGGGGAAGGAAUUGGAAAGCAAGACAGAGAAGAUUAAAAAACUGAUGGAAUGCAACUUUGAAAAUGUUGGAAUCACUCGUGAUGUUCCUGACAUUGAAUAUCACUCUUCACAAAAUUACGUUUCUUUCAAAAGUAGAAAGUUGAAAUUUGAAGAACUUUUUAAUGCCUUGAAAGAUGACAACAACUAUAUGAUUGGAUUGCAAGGGAUGGGGGGCAUAGGUAAAACAACAUUAGCAAAAGAGGUGGGUAAGGAGCUUAAGAAGUCAAAAUGUUUUAAUCAAGUUAUUGAUACUACAAUAUCAAAUUCCCCUUAUAUAAAAAGGAUUCAAGAUGAGAUUGCAGGACCGUUAGGAUUGUCAUUCGAGAAUUGUACUGAAUCAGAGAGGGCUAGAAAGUUGAUGGGUAGAUUAACCAAUGCUGACAAAAUUCUUCUAAUUCUAGAUGAUGUGUGGGGAAAUAUCAGUUUUGGAGAAAUAGGUAUUCCAUUUAAGGACAACCACAAUAAUUGUAAAAUUCUUGUGACCACUCGCUAUAUAAGAGCAUGCAACGAAAUAGGAUGUGAGAAGAUAAUUCAACUUGAUAUCUUACCAGAGGAAGAAGGAUGGAUAUUGUUCCAAAAGUAUGCUGGUUUAAGUGAUAAUUCCUCUAAAAGUAUUCUUUAUAAAGGUCGCAAAAUUUCAAAAGAGUGUAAAGGAUUGCCAAUUGCAAUUGAAAUUAUUGCCAGUAGUUUAAAGGGCACACUACCUCUGGAAGAAUGGGAUUUAGCCUUAAAAUCCUUGCAGAAGUCCAUGCACGUACACUAUGAUGAUGAAAGUUUGAGAAAAAUUUAUACAUGUCUAAAGUAUAGUUAUGACAAUAUGAAAGAUCAAACAACCAAGAAAUUGUUCCUUUUAUGUUCUAUGUUUCGAGAAGAUGAAGAAAUAUCUGAAGAACUUUUAGUCAGACUUGCUAAAGGGGCAACUCUCAUUGAGAAAAUUGAUGACGAUGACAGUUACGACGAAUGUGGUAAGAAAGUUAUUGUGGCAAAAUAUAAACUGAUAGAUUCAUGUUUACUAUUGAAUUGUAAAUCUGGAAGAGUAAAAAUGCAUGACUUGGUUCGUGAAAUGGCAUUGUGGAUAGUUAACGAGGAGAUUGUGGCAGUGAAUACAUCUAAGAAGAAUGAAAUGACAAUGGUUGAAAAGGGGAAGGAUAUUAAAUAUUUAUUAUGUGAAGGAAAAAUCAGUGAUUUGUUUUCCUCCAAGUUUGAUGGAUCUAAACUUGAUAUUCUUAUUGUCAACAUGAAUGACCAUGGUCCUGUGGAAGUCCCAAAUUCAUUCUUUGAAAACAUACCAGGGCUUCAAGUUUUGAUUUUAUCAAAUAAUCGAUAUAAGAGAGCAAUUUUAUCAUUGCCUCAGUCAAUUCAAUUGUUGACCAAUAUCAAAUCUUUAUACCUCAAACAAUUCUCAUUAGGUGACAUCUCGAUUCUUGGAAACCUACAGACCCUUGAGACUGUCGAGUUUGUUAAAUGUGGAAUGGAUGAAUUGCCUAGGGAGAUUGGAAAAUUGGUGAAACUUAAAUUAUUGAAGUUGAAUUAUUGUCGUUUUGAAAGGAGCAAUGUAUUUGAAGUGAUUAAAAGUUAUUCUUCAUUGGAAGAGUUGCAUUUAGUAACCACUUAUGAUAAUAAAAUUUUUAAAGAUUGCCAUCUAGAGCUUCCUAACUAUCAAAGGUUUUGUAUAGGGGAACAUUUCCGGGACAUAUACCCUGAAUGGUUUUUAAGGAAUUCCCUGGAUGUGGAUAAUGCUAUGGAAAUUUUUUCUGAGGAGACAUUGAAGAAUCUAGUGCAAAAAGCAGAAAUUCUUAGAUUAAGGGGACCUAUAGGAGUAUGGAAAAAUCUCAUACCUGAUAUUAUUUUUCCUGAAGAUGAAUCUACGAAUAAUCUAAUGGAGAUUGCUUUGGAAGAUAAUUCAGAACUCACAUGCCUAAUUGACAAUAAUGAUUCUCUUGUGCAAAGUGCCUUAUCCAGGUUGGUUACGCUUGAACUUGAAGGAAUGAAAAAUUUGAAAGAAAUAUGCAAUGGACCCCUUCCCUCUGAAUUUCUAAAAAAUUUAGAAACAUUCCAUCUAAAUGAUUGCAUACAUUUGCAAGGUGCAUUGUUUAAGAGCAAGAUCUCCCUCUGCAAUCUUAAAACCUUGUCUAUCCGGAGCUGUCCAAUGUUGACAUCUCUUUUUGAGUUGUCGACCACACAAAGCCUAUUGUCGUUGGAGACAUUGCACAUAAUGUCUUGUGAACAAUUGAAAAGUAUAAUAAGAGAUGAAAACAAAUGGAAAGAUUCUGGAGAAGAAAUAGUUGAUACUCAUAAUAAUAACAAGAGUACUAUUUCAAUAUUUCCAAAUUUAACCACUCUUUAUGUCUACGAGUGUCGCCUGUUACACUUUGUACUUCCGGUGACUCAAAAAAUUCCAAAACUUGAAAGUAUUACAAUACGCAACUGUGAUGGGUUAAAAUACUUAUUUGGCCGAUACCAACAUGAGCAUGAAGAGGAAGAUUUACACCAAGAAUUAAAAGACGUCAUAUUCACAUCUCUAAAAUAUGUUUAUCUAGAUAACUUGCCUAAUUUUGUGGACAUUUUUCAAAAAUGUGAUGAGUCCUUCUGUUCUUUGAAGAAGUCAACUUCCAAAGAUGAGACCAAAGGAAAAAUAGAAUCAAAGUCCAGAAAAUAUAAGGUUUUACAUUGGACCCAUAAAUAUAAAAGUAAAUGGAGAACUACCAAAAUUCCUUACGAUUCCAAGGAUCAAUUGCAAGACUCUUCUCUCUCAAUGGUAAAUGAGGCCCAUGCAAAUGAUGUUAUUGCACAAUACAUGAGAGUGGAACUGGAAAAUAUGUCAUUGAAUGAUACAUCCAAGAUUCUUUUUACUCUACAAAACGUUACUGAGUUACAUAUUAAUAGGUGCACUUAG